CUCGACAGAAUGGCUCACGCUGGCCUUGAACGACUUCUCUCACAACAGCACAUUCCGACAGACUCCGGGAUGGGAAGGCCGCUGCAGGACUUACUGCGCAGGAACGAACUCCUGAAAGGAGUGGAGUCCCAGCGGCUCCGUACACACUUUUCUAGCUGUGGCCUGGAACCAUCCACAGACCUCGACGAGUUCGGCCGCAAAGUCCUCCAAGGCGACCUUGAGGGGCUCAAAGCCAUGUACGCCGACAAGCUCGCGCACUACGGCGAGCUGGCAAGCGAUGACGUCGCAGCCCGCGCGGCGGCUACCAAGGAGAUUUACGCUAAACGAUGGGGGCCGACCCGUGUCCCGGUGUACAACCUCAUCCUGCUCUGCUUUCUCGUCGUCAACCCUGGGGCGCGGAAAGAGCACUUCGCCAUCGCCCGGUGGCUCAUAAACGACGUCAAGGUCCCCGUCGACGGAACAGACUUGUCGGGCUCAACCGCACUGCACCACGCGAUCACAACUAAGCCCGCGUUCGAACCGGAGUACGCGCAAGUCCUCUACGACGCGGGCGGGGACGUGAACCACCGGAACCGGUACGGAGGCACGCCCGCCCACGAGCAGGUCAUGACGUGGGACCCGAGGAACAAGGAGGUUGUGCGCAGGGCGGCGGACGCGCUCAAGUGGUUCCUCGACCACGGCGGAAACAUCGACGUGAACGACACCGACGGAAAGGCCGUGCGCGCGAUGGUCGACAACACGCGC